AUGUAUAUCUUUUUGAAAUUGGUGGGAAAAACCAUAACGUUGGAAGUAGAGUCAAAUGACACCAUCAGCAAUGUUAAACAAAAGAUCCAAGAUAAAGAAGGAUAUCCCUCCGAUAAACUACGUUUAAUUUUUGCUGGCAAGCAAUUGGAAGAUUUUCGUACCUUAAGCGAUUACAAGAUCAAUAAAUAUUCCACACUUCAUCAUGUACAAGCACUUCGUGGCGGAAUGUUUCAAACAACCAGUGGCCGCGAAGGAUUUAAUCCAUUGCCGCCACUCUCACAAAACAUGCAAAAGAAUGUUUUGAAAGAUAUCUCCGCUGUUUCUGUUGCCAUUUCUCCAAAACUUCCAAACACAAAAGAAGACUUGUUGGUUGUGUUACGCGAGGAGGAACGGCGAAGGUUUUCGCCUGAAAUACAAAAACAGUAUUAUAAUGUUGGGAGUGACCCCAAAUGCGGAAAGGAUUGGAUGGAUGUUACCGAUCAGAUGCAACAUGAGUUAGUUCGAGAAUUUGGCUAUUCGGAUGAGGCUGUACAACUAUUGAGACGCGCUCCGCAGAUUUAUCCAGACGAUCCUGCAUUCCACACCACUCAAGUAUAUGUUCGUAACAACAUUGCACAUAUUGGAGACCUUACCGAAGGAAUGUCGGCUCCCGAUUGCUCACUGGUUUCCCUAGAAUCUUCAGCAACAAUUGGCAACGUCACUUCACCGGAUCUAAUUCUUUUACACUCACUUUGUCAACCAGGACGGCCUCUCGUUCUCCUCGGCGGAUCGUAUACCUGUCCUUUAUUCCGAUACAUAUCUCAUGUUCUCAAUGACAUAUAUAGGCGAUAUCGAACACACGUGGAUUUCUACAUGAUCCAAAUUCGAGAAGCACACGCCAGCGAUGUUUGGCCUAUUGGUAAUAUCGUAGCCGUCAAGGAGCACCGCACUUUAACCGAUCGUUUAAACGCCGCACAUGAAAUGGUCAGAGCGACCCAGUUAGAGAUCCCUGUGUUGGCAGAUACGAUGAAUGAUACUUUCUUAAAGUUGUACGCACCCUGGCCGUUCCGUUUUUUUGUCGUUGUAGAUGGUAUUUUAAGACUAGUGGGGAUGCCAAAAGAGGCACAUUAUGAUACAACAGACCUAGUCAAGUGCUUGGACGCUCUUUUGGAUCGCAAAAAAGAGUAA